CAGCCUUCAGUCUGGCAUCCGAUACGGGCAGAGGCGUCCACGGUCAGUCGCAGGCGUACCAAACUUCCGCACAGACGAUGAUUCGGGCGCACUUGGCAACACAAUGAACCGUGCGAGAGUACAGCGCCGCGGCCUGCGGGGCCCAAGGACGGUGUUCCUCGUCGCGUUCCUUGUGGCAGCGUUCCUCGCCCAGCUUAGCGUUACAGCGAGGGGGGGGUCGGCAGAGACGACCACUGGACAGCCAUCCGACGAGCACACUUUCGGGCAUCAGACUCAGGAGCAGGGGUCCGCUUCCGGAGAGGAUCAGCAUUCUCGGCACGCCUUCUCUCACCUACGGCUGGGAAGGCCCGGUCGCGGGUCCGGCCUAUCCUCGCAGCGCUUUCCAGAAGACCUGUACGCCCAGCCAGCAUUCAAGAUCAUCUACGAUGACCAGAAUCCCGUUCGCAAUGCUAGCGCUUUAGAUUUUCUGCAAGCCUCAUCGUCCGACCUAUCCCUUCGUGCUCCUACCGCUGAGGCGGCACUUGUUGCGGGACAGGGAUGUGCCGCAAACCCGUCGCUCACCGCAAACGGCCGUGGCCCUGGGACGCACCAGCUAAUUCGCAGUAGUCGGGAUACGGUGCACUUGUGCCACAUCCCAACACCGCGCACAGACUUGGCGCAUGAAGCCCUCUACUCGUCAUCAGCCUAUCUGCACCAAAUCCUGCACAACGCAUCUGGCACUUCCGAUGCGCGACAGGAGGAGAUUGCAGUCGCUGCACUCGAAUCAGAACGCAAGCGCAUCAUUGCACACGGCCUCACGCUGCUUGAACCACUGAAGAACUACUGUCUAUAUCAGACGGCCGACUGGUUCACCUACGCUUUCUGCCACGGCCGCAGUAUCCGCCAAUUCAAGGCGCUCCCACCUGCCACCGCCGUCAACGUCGCAGCGACGCAGCAGCAGAAAGCGCACCAGGCUGGCGCCUCCUCUACCUUGAGUGAAGAGGAGCAACGCCGACAGCGCCGACAGGCGCAAUCGCAGAUCGUCGAGCGCCAACUCGAGCACGGGCAGAUCGUCUACGAGGUCAAGCUUCCGUCCGAACUGGCGGGCACCAACUUCAAAGCCCUCAUCCCGCCACAGGAACCGAUUGAAGACAAGGAUUCCGAUGCGUACGUGCUGGGUCGAUGGAAUCGAGGCGUGGAGACCAUCGCGGGGACCAAGUUGCAUUUCACCGAAUGGGAGCGAGGCCGUUCAGACGAUGAACAUCCGCGAAGGCGCAGGGAGGUGCGAAAGGGGACCAUCGAGGACGGUUCCUCCCACAAGCUCGCCAAGGACGAGCCUGCCGCAGCAAUCAUGCACGAUCGCACGUCGGAAGCGACAAGUGCAGCGUCAGGAACGGAGCUGAUGGAGGUCACCCGUUUUGGAGCAGGCGAGGAGCAGCGUUAUCUCGCGCAGCCCUGGACCGACGGCACACGCUGCAAGGUCAACGGAGAGCCGCGUAUGACUGAGGUUCAGGUGAGCAGCCGCAUCGAGGUCUGUACAAUUGGCGCGCUCUUAUGAAUUGAAGUUUCAAUAUCCUGGCCGCUCGCCUUCCAGUACCACUGCAAUCGCAAAGCAAAGGAACGUAUCGCUCUAAUCAAAGAGGUGACGACGUGCAACUAUGUCAUUGUCAUCGAGACGCCA